GCGCCAAUGGCAUUGCACCACAACCCGAAACCAUUCACCUGCCAUGCAAAGCGCUGCGUGGCUCCUCACAGCGCUCGUCGCCAUGAGCGCUACGACGUCGCUUGCCAAGGCGCCCUUCACGUACGGCGAAGAGUGCGUUUUGCGCCAGAACCAAGGCAACACUAUCGAAAUGCUCCAGCGCCAGCUGCGCACCAAGUCGGCCCUCGACAUUCGCCGCAAGUGCAUCGAGCUCGGCCUCAACUGCGGCGGUGCCUAGUAAUACAACUGCGCUUUGCACCGAUAACAAAGGCUACAAUAACAACGACUGUAUAUUCAUCAUCA